AUGUCAGGGGUGCCAGCGUCGUCAAAAUGGACAGAGGUGCGCGUAGACGAAACCGUCACUCCUGCCUACAUCCGGUCCCAACUCCGACCCAACGAACAGGAUCUGUUGCAACGUACCUUGUAUUUCGGCGGUGAUUUGACGGAUGACACCUAUCUGGACCGCAUCCUCGCUCACGCAAAGCGUUUCUUCCUUAUCCUGGUUGCUGCCGGUGUACCCGAGCAGAUUUUUGGCAUUAUCGACGAUUCUUACGACGAUGAAGAUCUACCGAUAGCUGAUUAUGCUGUUCCUGAGCUGCGCUUGUCGUAUGAGCCGGACAGCUCACUGGACAAACGCUUCUACAAAGCCCAGUUCCGAUUCCUCACCCGGAUCAUCGGUGAAGGAGAGCACAUCCGGUACGCAGAUGAAGAGACAGUUCCGAUCAUUUCUCUCAGCCUGAAGUCGAUGGUUCUCGCCCGAGGCCACGAGCGCACUGAUAGAGUUCGUUUAAUGUCCGAAUCUCCCAGGACUCUCAUGCGCCGUCGAAUCGUCUUGGAUUCCAAGGUGAGCGAGGAAGACAUCUUGCUAGAGAUUGCGGGGAGCAGGAAGUUGUGUCACGAACACAUUGCCUCAGUGUUCGGAUCCUAUCUCCAUCAAGGCAUCUUCAAUAUACUAUCUCUGCCUGCCGUUGAAUGGACGCUCAAAACAUUUCUUACGGACACCCCCAAAGCGUUUACCAGCCUGGACAAGAUCGAACGUCGGAAAAUCCUCAUCACUUGGCCUCACUGUUUGGCGAGCGCAUUGGCAUGGCUGCAUGGCAACGGCGAGUCUCAUGGGGCCAUUCGGCCGUCCAAUAUUCAAGUUGAUAACUCCUUCAACAUAUAUCUAGGAUUGCUGGCUGGAGACGGCGAACUUCGCGAUAUGGCUCAGCCGAACGACAUUGAAACUUACCAGUAUGGUCCGCCAGAAAGGUGGAAAAGGGCGGUCAUGGUGCAGAGUACUGGAUCGUCCGCCAUCAUGCUUCCAUCUGGUGGACGUUCGGGACGAAGCAUUCGCAACAACAAUAGGGACACCAAUUCGAAUAAAAAGAGCCUAGCGAGAAGCGGAUCGACGUCGUCCACUGCAACAUAUACCUUUCAACCCACGUCCAAGGGAAAUUACGCCAGGUUGCGACUGCGCAUGGCACUCGGUCCACAUGCGACACCUCCAUCAACUGUGCAAGGGCGAACAUCGCAGUCACACAGCGACACACAGCGUACGUCCACCAAAGGCACCAGACAGCUUAUGGUUGACACCACCGGAGGUGGCUAUACCCCCUCGGUCAUAUCUUCCAACAGUUCCACUGGCCAGCAAAGCAGCUCGAUAUUUGGCGGUCCUAUUUUUGUAUCUGCUCCAGAAAGUCGCAGUGCCGUUGUGCAGACGUGGCAGUCGGUCGAGGACGAUAAGUUCGCAUCAGAUGUUUUUUCUCUCGGGGCGGUUUUAAUGGAUAUUGUGAACCUUCUGUGUAAGCGGAGCUAUAGUUCAUUCGCCAGACAUCGAUCAGCCAGAAACCGACUGGCCGGUCGAGGCGGCGGUCUUGCUGAUGCCAGCUACCAUGCAAAUCUCAGUCAGAUCGCCCUUUGGGCCGAGUCGCUAGGAAAAGAAGCCUACAAGAAAGCCGAAUCCGACAAGGACGAGAGUCGGGUAUAUCAUGCUGUCGGCCCUGUUAUUCGGUUAUCCUUGCAAUGUCUCGAACGAGAUCCUUCGGCCCGGUUGACCAGCGACCAGCUGGAAGCGAGGUUGUACGACUGCAUACGUCGCUACACCGGCAUUCCUCACCUACAUUGUCCGCCGGCACGAGGCUCACGCAGUCCUCCGACCGUGGAUAUACCCAAUCCUGUCAAAGAGAGCAAGUCUUCCAAAGGAGGCCCCCAAAACAACGUAUCUCUCAAUUCGCUUCGACAAGACUUGAAGAGUUCAAACUCGCGGGAUGCAGAGCGACAAGAGCACCAUCAGCACGUUACACUUCCACACUCCCAGACCUUGCAGACAGAUCGUCGCCGUAAUCCUCCAAGCAUUCACACAACACCUAGGACGGCGUCUAUCAGCUCUCAGCUCUCAUUUGAUUUCGAUGGCUUUUCCGACACGAUUGUCGCCGAGAUGCCACAUUCACGGGAGCCGUCAUUACGACGGCGAGGUGGCCGAGCCGGGCCCCCUGUGCUUGGGCACGAAGUCCCCUGGUCGUAUGACCAGGAUAGUCCCCAACAGACAGCUCUCUGGGAACUUCGGCAGAGGAAUGAGGGUCAGGUCGACCCCCGCCUGUCUUUCGGAGAAUCCGUCGACACCGGAGCAUUCACCUAUAUCAAUUACAGUAGCAGUGCAUCUUCGGAAGAAGAUGUCAAAUUCAUGCCGCCGUCGCCUUCUUAUUACCCUCCUCCUAGCGCCGCUCCCAGCCGUGCAUUACCUCCUGUGCCACCACUUCUGAACGAGGUCCGCUCAUCCCGGCCCGGCCAGCAGGCUGCCCCGAACGGGAAUCUCCAAGAGAACGUGGCUCUGUUGGCUCAUUUGUCAAAUCUGGCGACCGGGGGGCACCCACCACGGAUGGAUAGUUUGCCAAAGAUACUUUCCCUGAAGGAAGAGGGGCAUCGGAAUAGUCCGAGACAUACACCUGUUAGAUCGGCACAUGCGGUCAAAGCUUCUUCGCGCGGCCCAUCUCGACACGGAGAUGGCCUCGACCGGCCACAUGCGAGGUGA